AUGGUUAAAGCAGUUAUAUUCACAGAUUUCGACGGUACAGUGACUUGGGAAGAUUCCAACGACUACCUUACCGACAACUACGGAUUUGGUAAAGAGAAGAGGCUUAAGGUGUUUGACGGAGUGCUAGACGGAACCAAGACUUUCCGGGAGGGUUUCUGGGAGAUGUUGGACUCCAUUGAUAAGCCUCUUCCUGAAUGCAUCAAAGUUUUGGAAGAGCACAUCGACCUAGACCCUGGUUUCAAGGACACAUUCCAGUGGGCACAGGAAAACAACGUCCCAAUUGUUGUGGUUUCGAGCGGGAUGAAACCUAUCAUCAAGGCUCUGUUGGAGAAGCUGGUGGGCCCAGACUCAAUCCACAAGAUUGACAUUGUGUCGAACGAGGUUGAGAUCGACGCCAAGAACCACUGGAAGAUCGUGUACAGGGACGAGACGGGUUUCGGCCACGACAAAUCCAGAACCAUCGAGGCAUACAAGAAGAAGUUCGAAGCCGGUGGUGAGAAGCCCACAUACUUCUACUGCGGUGACGGUGUGUCUGACUUGUCUGCUGCCAAAGAGUGUGACCUGCUGUUCGCCAGAAGAGGCAAGGACCUAGUCACCUUUUGUAAGAAGCAGCAUGUGCCAUUCCACGAAUUCGACACCUUCCAAGACAUCUUGGGCUGCAUGCAGGAUGUCUUGUCGGGCAAGAAGACGGUGAAGGAGUUGAUGGAGAACUAG